CUGCAUGACCUGUCUGCUCUAGCCUCUUAGUUUUUCUCUAUAGUAUUUUGGGAGGAUUGGCUGGGCGGGCUUCUACAUUUGCCAGCUGAUUUCUUCUGGAUACCAUGGCGCCUCCGAAAGAAAAUGUCAGUUUGCUUUUUAAGUUGUACUGCUUGACGGUGAUGACGUUGGUGGCUGCAACAUAUACAGUAGCUUUGAGAUACACAAGAACAACAGAAACAGUUUUGUACUUUUCAACUACAGCCGUCUGUAUUACAGAAGUUAUCAAGUUAUUCCUAAGUUUGGGCAUUUUAGCAAAAGAGACUGGAAGUUUGGGUAGACUGUUGACGUCUUUAAACGAGAAUGUCUUGGGCAGCCCUAAAGAACUACUCAAAUUAAGUGUUCCAUCUCUCGUGUAUGCCAUUCAGAACAACAUGGCAUUCCUGGCUCUUAGCAAUUUGGAUGCAGCAGUUUAUCAGGUGACCUAUCAGUUGAAGAUCCCAUGUACAGCCUUAUGUACUGUCUUAAUGCUGAACCGCUCUCUCAGUAAACUGCAGUGGUUCUCAGUCUUUAUGUUGUGUGGUGGAGUCACAUUUGUGCAGUGGAAGCCAGCGCAGGCCACAAAAGUUCAGAUGGAGCAGAGCCCAUUGAUAGGCUUUGGUGCAAUAGCUAUUGCCGUUUUAUGUUCAGGAUUUGCAGGGGUAUAUUUCGAGAAAGUGCUAAAGAGUUCAGAUACAUCUUUAUGGGUCAGGAACAUUCAGAUGUACCUCUCUGGGAUUGUAGUGACUUUGGUUGGUGUCUACAUGUCCGAUGGAGCUUACGUAAUGGAGAAGGGUUUUUUUUAUGGCUAUACACGUUACGUCUGGUUUGUCAUCUUCCUUGCCAGUGUCGGAGGCCUCUACACUUCAGUUGUUGUGAAGUACACAGAUAAUAUUAUGAAAGGUUUUUCUGCAGCAGCAGCAAUUGUUCUCUCCACUAUUGCGUCAGUCCUUCUCUUUGGCUUACAGAUAACUGCAACCUUCUCUCUUGGUGCUCUACUUGUGUGCAUUUCAAUAUAUCUGUAUGGACUGCCUCGACAAGACACCACAAAAAUCCAGCCAGUAGAAGCAAAAGGGUCAAAAGAGAAUCUUCUUAAUGUGUGACAUUUGCCACCAUGAAGAAUAGUAAAGACAAUGUAAAGUAAAGAAGACUUGAUCUGGGUGUUUUUUAAAAAAAGAACAAACACAAGAACAAACAGCCUUAAAACUGGUAAUAGAAGACUUUUAUGUUUGAAUUGAAAGUGAAGUAAAUAAUUAGUGAAAUGAAGGAUUACACUGGAGGAUAUAUACUUCACUAAAUUGUGAAGCAUUGCUUUUCAUAAAGUUAUGUCUUUUCAUUUGUGUUGGACUAUGAAGAUUCUGCUCCCAAAAAGAAUGAAGGAAUGGAAUGUGCAGUUUUUAAAUAUAUAUUGUAUAUAAAAUAAAGAGGGGAAUGCCAUUGGAAUUCAUUUUGAUGAAGCACAUUAUAUGGAUUCUCUUCCCAGACAGAAAUGUGUUAUGUCAUAUGUCCUUCUAAGGGGAGGUGCUAGAUCUACCAACUAAAUUGUUAAUUCACUCUUAAAACUUACUGAUCACCUUCUCGUGUAGACAGCAAGACACAUCUUCCCGUGUGUGUGCGUGCCCGGCUUUCAGUUCGAGUCAUUUGCCAAAGUUCUGUAGUGAUAAGUGUUGCAGCUGAAGUGAAAUCAAGGUGCCUGUUGUGAGUGAAAGUGAGCUGGGGCAACAGAAUGCAAUUGUUUGUUGGUUUAAUGAAUACAACUGUAGCUGAAACACAGUCUGUCUUUUAAGCUUUUGAUAAGCUGAAUCCACUUUUUGCAAAAGCAGGAAGGAAAAGAAUAAAGCUGCUACGUGUAAGGUGAAUUUUUAAAAUUGUGAUUGGGAUUUUUAUACCAUUUUGUAUAACACGUUUUUGGUGCACACCUAAAUAGUGCUAAAUGCAUUUUUGUGGAAUUUAGGUAGUGCAGUAGCCAUUUUGGUUUAAACCUUUUGUUCUUGCAUCAACUGUAUCUUGUUCAGGGGAG